AUGACUAUUAAACCAGAAUAUAGGGAUGAACUUUGCGUCACGCUUUUGACUGAAUUAUUGGCGUACCAGUUUACGUCUCCUGUCAGAUGGAUUGAAACUCAAAAUGUCAUUUUGAAUGAUUUCAAAGCAGAACGAAUUAUUGAGGUUGGCCCUUCUCCAAUUUUAGCGAACAUGGCAAAGAGAACCAUAAGUGCCAACGAAUCUUGUGAAAUGGCUAAGGCUUCGCUUCUCAGAAAAGAAGUUUAUUGCACUUCAAAUCAUCUGGACAAAAUUUAUUACAAUGGCGAGCCACCUAUGGUGAUGAAUAAAGAAAAUGAGAAGCAAAAUGUUGGUCAAUUAGUUGCAGUACCAGAAACGGCUUCUCCUUCCCCGUCUUCUAAUUUAAGCACAGUGGAUUCAAGACAUCGAUUGAACAUUGAUGUCAAAUUGAAUGCAGAACACUUGGCGAAAGCCAUAGUUUCAAGUAAGCUUCGAGCUUCAAGAUACUCUGAGCUCAAUAUGACUAAAAGUCUGAAAGAAUUAUGUCAUGGAAAAUCCACUUUGCAAAAUGAAAUAAAAUCGGAUCUUAUCAAAGAAUUUGCAACUUUUAGUGAAGACAAUAUCGAAGAUACAGCCUUAUUGGAUAUCUGUUCGGAUAUAACCGUAGAUGGCUUGGGACCUGUGGUACUUCCUCAAGUCAUGAAAUUUGUUGGAAAGAAUCUUACUGGUCGCUUUUCGACCUUGAAAUAUCUCAGGGCCUAUUUAACAAAUGAAUGGUCUAUGGUAGAUCCGAACCCAUUUUUGGUUUACCUCACGUAUAGUAAUGAUUCGAUUAGUCAUAAUUGCACCUCAGAAACCAUAUGCAAGGAGCUUAUUGAUAAAUGUUGCCACUCGUUCGCUGCUAGUGAAAAUGCGUUUGUCAUUUAUAAUCCUGUGUCUACAGAAAAUUCAGAUGAUAUCGAGUUGCUGAAACCAUCUACUAUCAGCAUGGAACAGUUUGGCUCUUUCAAGGACCAACUCUGCAGAUUACAUACGGAACAGAACAACAUCCUCAGUACGCAUAUCUGUGAACAUUCUAAUAGAGCAACGACCACUACAAACGAGGAAUUGCAGCAAAUGAAGGAUAAGAUGACAUGUCUUGAGAAUGAAUUUGGGAAGGAUCUUUUGAACAAUUCUAUUGAUCUGAUGUUUUCCUCAAAGAAAGUUCGAGUAUAUUCUUCAUCGUGGAAUUGGGUUAGACAAGAUGUAUUGAAUUUCUGCCAUCUUGAUCUGACUGAAACCACGAGGAACUCUCUUACUGAUAUUCGCAAAAAAAUGAAGGAUAUCCAAAACCGUGUUGACCCUAUCUCACUGAAAAUGCUUCAAUAUUUUGUAGAUAAUCAGUGUCAUGAUGGGCCAAAGAAAGAGCUGCUGAAUGUACUUAUCAAGGAUUGUGUAAAUAUCAUUAAGUUGAAUCCAGUUUAUUCUGGAGAGUUGGAAUCUUUUGGGUUUCAAAUUGUUGAAAACGGAAACUCAAAGGUAAUAGACGAAAAAGUCAACCUGGAAGUCUAUAUCAAAACUAUGUCCUUAGGAAAAGGCACAAACGAGGUUCAAAAAAAUACUUCUGUUGUCUCAUCCAAGUUGGAUAUAGAUGUUUCCAGUUAUUAUAAGAUUGAAACUGAUCUCUUUCAAGUUUAUUCAAAGAUUAUACAAUAUGCUCUAGCGUCAUCCAAUUCAAAUCCAAGUGAGUUGUGGGGUCAAUUCAAAUCCUUAUACGAGCAGAUCCUAAUAUUCCUAAAAAAUUCUGAUCAGAUCGCGUCGUACUUCAGGGCCAUUGUGUCUGAUGCUCUUUCUGCCAUCAACAAACCAUUGUAUUCUAAGACUGAAAAUAUUCUUGUUGAAGACUAUUCGGUGGACUCUUCCUCAGAUGAUGAAUCUGAAACUUCUGCUGAUGAAGAAACUGUUGUUUCUGAGACAGCAAAAUCUCACUCCAUAUUGCCCAAAAAGGAGAAAUCUAUAGAUUCAUGUGCAAUACCCGUUGGUGUCAUCCCUUUUUUGCAUAUCAAAAGACACUCUCAUACCAAUGAAAACUGGGUAUAUGAUAAAUCGAAUACUCAAGUCUUCCUUAAUAACUUAUUAAAUAUUGGGAGAAAUGGUAUAUCCCUGAGAGGCAAAACUAUAUUACUAUUAGUUUCCCACUUUGGAAAUGAUUUCACUCGGGAAGUAAUCAAAGCUUUGGUCCAAACAGGCGGAACUGUUCUUCUGGCUACAGAUGACUACAAAUUGGAGACUACGAGGACUCUACAGAAAAUUUAUCAUCAACAUGGUGCUAAAGGUUCACAUCUUGUUGUAUUGCCAUUGAAUCACGCUUCUCAAGUAGAUGUUAAACGCUUGUGUGAUUAUAUUUAUUCGAAAUAUGGCGAUAUAGACUACCUGCUGCCGUUGAAUGCGCCAAAGCGAGAAAAAAGUGUGUUCGAUGUAAGCUCUGAAGAUGAGCUGCAAAUGAGGGCCACUAUUCUCAAUGUGCUGCGAUUAUUAGGCAACAUCGUAAGGAUAAAGAAAAGCAAGAAGAUAGAGACUCGACCAACGUUUGUUUUGUUGCCACUGUCACCGACAUUUGGAUCUAAACCUUGUAAUGGAUUUCUGUCAGAAUCUUAUUCGUCACUUAAUAAAGUGCUUGACAUGUGGCAUAUUGAAGAUUGGAAAAACGAGAUUAGUAUUUGUGGAUGCGUUUAUGGAUGGACCAUUGAAACUGGUGAAGACAUGGAUAUCUCCGUUACAGAUUUAGAACACUUGGGAAUUAGGACAUUUUCUCCAAGUGAGAUGGCUUUCAACGUACUUGGUUUGCUCACUUAUGACAUUGUUUCUUUGUCCCAAGACUCUCCAAUAGUGGCUGACCUUAAUGGCGGUCUACAUACUCUACCUAGCGUGAUGCCCGUCUUGAAUGCGAUGAAAGCACACACCUUUGAACAGAACCUAAUCAAAAAAACGCUUCAAGCCGAGACACAUCUUGAUUUUAGCAAUAAGAAAAAAGAGUCCAUUGUGAAUGCAACCGUGAUUUCGCCAAGGGGAAAUAUCAGUAUUGAUUUCCCUGCGCUCCUGAACUACUCUGAAUUGCAUGGCAGCUUCAAUGGCUCUUCCCUGGAAGGGUUGAUCGAUUCUUCUCAUAUGGUUGUUGUGACAGGUUUUUCUGAGAUAGGACCUUGGGGGAAUGCGAGAACAAGAUGGGAAAUGGAGAGUAGUGGCACUUUUUCUUUGGAGGGCUGUAUAGAGAUGGCAUGGAUUAUGGGGCUCAUUAAGUAUGAAAAAUCAAAUGAUUAUUGUGGAUGGGUUGACUCUAAAAACGGGGCACCUGUAGAGGGAUUGCAUAUUAAAGAAAAAUAUGAACCUACUAUACUUAAACAUGCCGGUAUAAGAAUCAUAGAGCCUGAAUUAUUCUGCGGGUAUAACCCAUCUAAAAAGCAAAUGCUGCAGGAGGUAGUAUUAAAUUUUGACCUGCAGCCUGUACGAACGUCUGCUGAGCUUGGAGAACAAUACAAACUCGAGCAAGGUGAAAGGGUGGAAAUAAUCCCGCUAGAAGAUGAUGAAUGCCUCGUUCACUUCUUAAAAGGAGCUUUGUUAUACGUUCCAAAAGCAUUAGAUACACAGAGAACGGUCGCAGGCCAAAUACCUAGUGGGUGGGAUGCUAGAUCAUACGGUUUACCCGAUGAAAUUGUAUCGCAAAUCGAUCCAAUUACUCUUUUUUCCUUAGUUUCCACAGCAGAGGCUUUGAUUUCUUCGGGGGUAACAGAUCCUUAUGAGAUGUAUAAGUAUGUGCAUGUCUCUGAAGUUGGGAAUUGCGUUGGUUCUGGCAUAGGUGGAAUGAAGUCACUACAAGCUGUUCAGUUACUGAGAAACAAAGGUGAAAAUAUUCAGAGCGACAUUUUGCCAGAAACAUUUGUAAAUAUGACUGCCGCCUGGAUUAACAUGCUGCUAAUAUCAUCUAGUGGACCUAUAAAGACACCGGUAGGAGCCUGUGCUACUUCUGUAGAGUCAUUGGAAAUAGGCUACGAAACUAUUAGAGCCGGAAAGGCAAAGAUAUGUAUAGUUGGUGGUGUUGAUGACUUUCAUGAAAGUGUCUCGCACGAAUUCGCUAACAUGGGUGCAACUUCCAAUUCGACUGAAGAAAUGGCUAGCGGCCGUGAGCCCCAAGAAAUGUGCCGUCCAGCAACUUCAACAAGGAACGGGUUCAUGGAAUCACAGGGUGCAGGUAUUCAAAUUAUUAUGAGAGGUGAUCUGGCUAUUCAGAUGGGAGUUCCUAUUUAUGGAGUGGUAGGAUUGACUUCGACAGCGUCAGAUAAAAUAAGCAAAUCGCUACCCGCACCAGGAAAAGGUAUCCUAACCUGUGCUAGAGAACUAUCAAACAAGCCACGAUUCAAUAUUUCCAAGCUGGACAUCAAGUAUAGAAAGAGGCAAUUGGAAUUUAGAAUAAAAGAAAUAAACAAUUGGCGUGAACAGGAGAUACUUUUGGGAUCUUAUCCUGGACUAGUUGAUGAGUUAGUGCAAAAACAAAUUGUGGAAGCCAAGUCUCUUUGGGGUUCGGAUUUCUGGAAAACUGAUCCAAAUAUUGCUCCAAUCAGAGGCGCUCUAAGCGUUUUUGGUCUUUCAGUUGAUGAUUUAAAUGUGGUGUCUUGUCAUGGGACAUCGACAAAGGCUAAUGAAAAAAACGAGUCACAAAUCAUUGACAAAAUGAUGGAACACCUGGGAAGAACAAAAGGAAACCCCUUGCCUGCGGUAUUUCAAAAGCAUCUUACCGGUCAUCCCAAAGGGGCAGCUGGUGCCUGGAUGCUGAACGGAUGUUUGCAAAUGAUGAAUAGCUCUGUCAUUCCAGGAAACAGGAAUGCGGACGAUAUUGAUAGUUCGUUUCAGCAUUUUGAACAUUUGCUUUUUCCUUCAGCAUCUCUUCGUGUAGGUGCCGUGAAAGCUUCUAUGUUAACGUCGUUUGGUUUCGGGCAAAAGGGAGCAAUGGCACUUGUUUUCAAUCCAAAUUAUCUAUUGGCCUCCCUAUCUGAGGACGAGUACACUUUGUAUGCCCAGAAAAGGGCACAAAGAGAGAGAAUUGCUCAAAACUUUUUCGUACAUGGACUGGUUAAUAAUAAUAUAGUUCAAAUUAAGACCUCUGCACCUUAUAGCAAAGAGGAAGAGGAACGCGUUUAUCUGGAUCCAUUAAUAAGAUUUCCUGUUAAUCAUUAG